AUGUCGGUCGAGAUGCCUCACUUUUUAGCCUUUCCGAGUUUCUGGUUUGGUCUGCUGCCGGAUACUCCCAACUCGGGCAGAGCUCGCAACACCCAGGCCAUCACCUGCAGCCGCCGACACGCCAUUUCGGGCCACUUGGGCCGGACGUUUCCCUGGGACUCCCUGGCUGCCUUUGCGCUUCGCAUCUUUAUGGGAUACUCGCUUCCUCCAAUACCCAGCUUGUGGAGGUUAUCCUGA